CAAUAACACUAAACCUUUUAAACUAGUGCGAUACACAGAUUUAGGAUGAGCCAAUGUGUUCCAAACUGUCACAUCGAUGAUACUACGGCAGCCGCAGCAGCCACCACCACCGUCCGCUCCAUCACAGCAGCAGACAUCCCCAUAUUAGACUACGAGGUAGCCGAGCUGACGUGGGAGAACGGGCAACUGGGCUUGCACGGCUUAGGUCCACCGCGAGUGACGGCUUCGUCGACCAAGUACUCCACAGGCGCGGGUGGAACGUUGGAGUCGAUAGUGGACCAAGCUACUCGCCUCCCUAACCAUAAGCCCACGGAUGAGCUCGUCCCGUGGUUCCACCAUCGCUCUUCUAGGGCCGCCAUGGCCAUGGACGCGCUUGUCCCUUGCUCCAACCUAGUACAGGAGCAGCAGAGCAAGCCCGGUGGCGUUGGCUCCACCCGGGUGGGGUCAUGUAGCGAUGGUCGUACCAUGGCCGGUGGAAAACGAGCCAGAGUGGCGCCGGAGUGGAGCGGGGGCGGGAGUCAGAGGCUGACCAUGGACACUUACGACGUAGGUUUCACCUCAACAUCCAUGGGCUCGCAUGAUAACACCAUCGACGAUCAUGACUCCGUCUGCCACAGCCGCCCACAGAUGGAGGACGAAGAAGAGAAGAAAGCCGGAGGCAAAUCAUCAGUUUCAACCAAGAGAAGCAGAGCUGCUGCUAUUCAUAACCAAUCCGAACGUAAGAGGAGAGAUAAGAUCAAUCAAAGGAUGAAGACUUUGCAGAAACUGGUUCCCAAUUCCAGCAAGACGGAUAAAGCAUCUAUGUUGGAUGAAGUGAUAGAGUACUUGAAGCAACUUCAAGCACAAGUGAGCAUGAUGAGCAGAAUGAACAUGCCUUCCAUGAUGCUUCCUAUGGCCAUGCAGCAACAACAACAACAAUUACAAAUGUCUCUCAUGUCCAAUCCCAUGGGUUUAGGGAUUGGCAUGGGGAUGCCCGGGCUCGGUCUCCUCGACCUUAAUUCUAUGAACCGAGCUGCUGCUGCUGCAACCGCUCCUAAUAUCCAUGCCAACAUGAUGCCAAACCCAUUUGCGCCCAUGACUUGUCCAUCAUGGGAUGCUUCGUCAAACGACGCUCGAUUUCAGUCUCCUCUCAUUCCCGAUCCUAUGUCUGCCUUUCUUGCAUGCUCGACUCAGCCAACGACGAUGGAAGCAUAUAGCAGGAUGGCUGCAUUAUAUCAGCAAAUGCAACAACAACUUCCUCCUUCGAAUCCAAAAUGAUUAUUUAAACACGUCUAUAUAUAUAUAUGUGUGUUAGUCACCAUACAUACAUAUAUAUUCCAUCAUAAUUAUUUACUUAUAUGUAUAGGCUACUCAUGAAUUACGUACUUAAAAAAAAAAGAUAUGGUUGUAAUUGGAUAGAGAACAAUAAAUAAUGGUUAUGUUU